AUGAACGAACAUCUUACUUCGCGAAGAAAAGCAGAAAUAGAUAAUGCAACACCCCGUCAUAAACUCAUGACAUAUUGGGGUUACAAAUUCGAGAAUCUCUGCACAGUUUCCGUGCAGCCAUCAGAAAUUACGUCAUCUGAUCACCCUGAACUUCUCUCACGAAAGUCAAGCGUAGUAAAUAACAAUGUCCAGUAUUGCUCUGUGGCAAAAGCUGCUUUGGGAAAAAAUAAAAUAAUUAUAGGCGCAGAAGUUGAUUGUUUAAGUGAUGUGAAGCCUGAAAAGGGUGGGAAUCCGAUUGACAAAUAUAUUGAAUUGAAGACUUCGAAAGUUAUGACAAGGGAUAAAGACAAGAUUAACUUUGAAAAAUAUAAGCUCAUUAAAUACUGGACCCAAUCGUUUCUGAUCGGUAUUCCACGAAUAAUAGUUGGAUUCCGAGACGACAAUGGAUUCGUAAAGCAUUUGAAAGAAUAUAAAACGUUAGAGAUCCCGCGUAUGGUCAGAGGAAAGCGGAACAUGUGGGAUGCAAACGUUUGUUUGAAUUUUGCAAACAACUUUUUAUCAUGGCUGAGGACUGUUAUAGUAGAAGAUGAUCCGAGAGCUAGCUAUUUGAUACGGUUUAAGGAGCCAUUUAGGGAAAUAGAAGUAAUUUUUAUGGGUUGUAAUGGAACAGCAGCGGUAAAUGAGAGGUUUUUAGGAGUGCUAUGA